GACGAUGAAAGCGUUAGUAUAUUUGUCAUGUAUCGGCGGGUAUUGUCAAUUUUUGCAAAUGAGCUUUCAAAGAAGUGUCCUAAUAAGAUCAUCUCUGACUAUGGGCUUCGUAUUGGAAUACGUUAUCGCUCCCUGCUUGUAACACAUGGAACACUUUACACGAGAGGCCCAAAGAGCAAGUCGCCCGUGGCCUCGAUACGAAAAGAAUCGAAUGGAAAAAGAGUCGUCGACGUUGACUGGAGACCCAUGACUCUGCAAGAACGGAUCAAAGAGUUUCCAGCAUCUGUUAAGCGACUCUGGAAGCACUAUGAGCUGUAUGGGAAUAUCCACAAUGCGAGUAAAACCAAAAGGAAUGCUUGGUCGAGUGAUAGUCCACACAACACUCCCCUGCACCAAGGCAACAUCGGAGACAACCCUUACCCGAUCCACCAUCUCAAAAAUCGUCCAGGACUGGUUCCUCGUCGCCAAUAUGAACAACAACGUCAGUUCAUCGAAGCUUUAAAGUUAGUUUCACCAACCGUUCUUGUCUGGAUCCUACCCAUUGUCGGAACUAUUCCGAUGGUUUUGGCGGUUGCUGCUCCUCGCCAGCUAUUGUCGCGACACUUUCACAAUGACUUCGAGGUGGCAGAAUACGCUCGGCAAGAAUUUUCUCAGCGGCUACAACACUUUCAAACCAGCGCGAAGUUGUUUCAAGAUCUAUUUGGCGAGCCGCUGCGAAGCCUCUUGUUGGAAGGAAACGGCGACGCGGCCGGGCCUAUCCUUAAUGCAUUACCUCUCCUUACACCGUUUGGGAAUCCAGCCAACAGCCGAAAAGCCACGAUAGCCAUCGACGGACUUUCGGGGGGCUACUUGAAAUCUUUCGCUCUCUCUGUUGGAGUUCUUCAAUCGCUUCCGCGAGGAUGGGCUCCAAAGAUUCUGGAGGUCCUGCCCCAUUCCUAUCUGAGGUUUAGAAUUCAGGAUCUUGCGAAACGAGUUUCGCUGGACGAUAGCUUUCUGCUCUACGAGCGUCAUCACGAGAACAACUGCGCAUCGCUAACCGAGGAAGAGCUCCUAGAUGCGGCUCUUUUGAGAAAUCUACCAUGGCCUCCGUUCGAUUAA